AUGGUGUUAGUAAAAGAAUAUCGAAUAUGCAUGCCACUAACUGUAGAAGAGUACAAAAUCGGUCAACUUUACAUGAUUGCGCGUCACAGUUUGGAGCAAUCGGACGAUGGGGAAGGUGUAGAAGUUAUCGAAAAUAAAGAGUGCUAUGAUCCCGACCAUGGAAAUGGACAAUAUACCGAGAAACGAAUACAUUUAUCCAGUCGUUUGCCGUAUUGGCUACAGGCCGUUUGCCCCAAAGUUUUCUACGUCAUAGAAAAGGGUUGGAAUUACUAUCCGUAUACUGUGACCGAAUAUACGUGCUCAUUUAUUCCGAAACUGCAAAUUCGAAUAUUAACGCGGUUUGAAGAUAACGCUGGGACAUCUGAUAAUUGUCUCAACCUCCCAGAAGAAACACUAAAAACUCGCACAGUUGACCAUGUGGACAUUGCAUUUGAAGAACCAACAGAAAAGCACUAUAAAAAAGAGGAAGAUCCAAAAUUCUUUAAAUCACGGAUCACAGGUCGCGGCCCACUUGUAGAAGGAUGGCGCGAAACCGACACUCCAAUGAUGUGCUCCUAUAAAUUGGUCCAAGUUUCUUUUGAAGUCUGGGGUCUUCAAACAAGAGUAGAAGAAUUUAUUCAAAAAUGCAUUCGAGAUGUUCUCUUGCUGGGACACAGGCAGGCAUUCGCAUGGAUCGACGAAUGGCACGGAAUGAGUAUCGACGAUGUGCGCAUGUAUGAAAAAGAUAAGCAGCUAGAAGCGAAUGAUAAGAUUCGACAAUCGUUACCUUUGCCGCAGGAAACUGAUAAGCCUCUCGAAGCUAAUUAGUUACGUGGCUAAAUAUCAUAGUCUAGAAGGAAUUAUUCUAGUAGUAGAUCAACACUGCCAUAUCCGUAAGUCGGCAUCCUCUGCAUUACACCAUUAAUAACACGAAACACGUGGCUGGUUUUGUACACAACUACUUAAACUAGACAAGCACUCUUGACGUACGUUUACUAUCAUAGAAUCUCCACAGCACAGAGUUACAAAUUACAUUUUUACUCGAAUAAUUUCUCCAAUUCCAUCAUCCCAUUCAUACGAUCGAUGAUCUACACGAGUGUGUUACGUUGUGGUUUAGCAAUGCUGUGUCAGUAGUCAAAUACUUUAAAUACGGACUGGGAUUCGUCAAUCAUCAUCUAAAAUGAGAUAUGUAUAAAACCAAUGGUACAGAGUACGGUUAUAUCGUCACACGUUUUUCAAUUUCCGAUUUGCUUCUGCUUUCUGAUUGAGAUAAACACCUGCUCUGGGCUUUUACAGUCGUCCACAGUAAAAGAAAGUUUCGUAUCAAGGUUUUCUUGUUGUGCAGGAUCCAACGUUAACAAUCCGGAGGGAUGUGCUGAUCUUAAAAAAUCAACCUGAUUUUCCAAUUCCUAUGAACCAUGUACGGUCCAGUAGCACAGUAAUAAUAAAAAUGAAAAUAUGAAUAUUGAUACAACAUGCUGGGCGCUUCAAAUAUUGUUCUAGCAUAUAUUACGACGUUACACGGAACCUCACCGAUGUACGCUUAAAAUUAUAUGUAGUAAAUCGCAUAUACAUAAAACAAAUAGAAAUACUUCAAAAGAGAGUCAAUGCUCGAUGAAAUUACCUUUAUAUUAACCAUCCGAAGCUUCAAGGGAAGA